AUGGCAAGUUAUAUAACGCAAUAUUUUCCCCAUAUAUCUUCACUAUCCUUGUCAUCAACCGAUGAUAUUAAUCAAGAUUCAUAUAAUCCAUUGGAGUACAAUAAGGUAAACUACAUUAUUAUAGUUGAUUCCAGUAAUGAUUUAAAAUCAGAAGAAAACGACCCCACUAAAGAUAUAAUAGCAUAUGCUCAGAAUGAAGUAACGGAAGAUAAUCUAGAUAAAAGAAAAAAUUCAAUUGGUAUAAUUAAAGGGAUUCUAGCUUUUAUUAAGGGAUUCUCGUCACAUAAAGCUCAAGAACAACCAAUGAUUCUUAAAUUACUGAAUGAAUCUAUAGUUGUACUACAAUUGGAAUCAUUGUAUUUGUUGGUUUGUUCGGUCAACACCAAAGACGAUAGAGUUAUAAAGCAACUACAGUUUCUCAUAAAACAACAACAUUGUUUUUUUAAAUUAUCAAAUAAAUCAAUUCAAGAAAAUGAAAUAAAAUUAGGAAAAGAUAUUUCAAAUAAAUUACUUGUUGAAUGGUGGACAAAAUUCAUUAAAUCAUAUAAUUCUCAAGAAUUACUUAUAGAUAUUGGCUGGCCCAAUCAUUUGAAUUAUUUGGGAUUUAUUAGUAUUUAUAUGCCAGGAAUAAAUCAUCGAAAUUCUUCAAUUACUACAUCAAAUAGAUUGAAGGAAGAUAUCAAAAAAACCUUACGUAGCGAAGAUUUGGUUCCAUCCGGAGUAUUAAUCAAUUGUUUUUCUAAAGUUCCUAAAAAGUUGGGAUAUAUAUAUUCACAAGUUUUAGAUGAUAGCAUAGAGAAUGAAUCAAUAAUAGAUGUUUAUAAUUUGAUGGAGUAUGAAUUUAUAUUUAAAGAACAGAAUGAAGAUUUAAAUGCAUCAAAUUUAGAUGAAAUUGAUGAAACUAGUGGACCAUUAAGUAUACUAAAUCCAAUGAAUUUAACGAAUAGUUUAGUAGUGCAACCUUGGAAUUCAGUCUCUGGUAUAAUUCGACGAGAGAGCCAAGAAACUUCCACAGAUGAUAAUCAAACAACAGCAGGUUCUGGAUGGUUAUCUAUGCCGAAUUUUUUCGGUAAAUCAAAUGAUUAUAAACCGGUUAUACAAACACCACAAGAAGAAAUGAAUAACGGUCAAUUCUUAUAUGGAAUUCAAACUGAUCAAACUAUUAAAAGAAAAAUAGUGUAUUUACCUACUAAAAUUGAUGAUAUUAUCAAAAAUGAAGAAUAUCAAUUAAUAACAUUUGUGAAAGAUGAAAUAUACAUAACUUUAAUUUAUUCAUCAAGUUUUAUAAAUCAAUUAGAUGAUCCUAUUUUUUAUUCAAAUUUAUUACCAACAUUAAAUUCAAUUUAUGAAGAUAUAGAGCAAGAACUGUUAAAUUCAACAUUAUCAAAAAGUAUAAACUCAAUAAAAACAAUAAAUAUAAGUUCAAAAAUAGAUUCAGAGUUUUUAUAUACAAUUUUUAAUUUAAAAAAUAAAUCAUUCACUUCAUCAUUACCAUUAAUUAUAAAUUCAAAUAAAUCAAAAAAUCAUCAAAUUAUAAUAAAUAUUCAUAAUCAAAUUAUUGAAAUUUUAAAUAAUUUAAAUUUUUUAUCAUCAAUUAAUGAAUUUUAUCAUAAAUUUAAAUCAAAUCAAAAUAAUGAUUGGAUUUUUUAUUUAAUUAAAUAUAAUUUUAAAAUUAUCAUAAUUAUAAAAAAUAAAAAUAGAUAUAAUAAUCAUAAUAAUCAUAAUAAUGAUAAAGAUGAUGCAUCUGUUAUUGAAGAAUCUGUUUUGAAUCAAAUUACUGGAUUUGUUUCUGAUUAUGCGAGUUUAGGAUUUUUAGACAAUUUAGGUAGUGAUGUUAAAUAUUGGUUAGGUCAAGUUAUUGAAACAGAAGAGUGA